CAAGGUUAUGUGGGUGUCCCUGAUGUGGCCUUUUGGGAAAUUAACCUAGAACAGGUUUAAGUCCCUGUUUACUUCACAAAAACAUAUAGGUUUAAGAACACUCGUGGAAAUAAAUUAGUCAUUUUGAACUCAUUUGCACUGUCUAUUCUGUCGUUGCAGUUUAUGUUUUUUUGAGCACUUUCAAUAGGCUGGACUCAAUUAUAUUAUAACCCCUUUGAUUUUAAUGAAUCAGGAGGCUAUAGGCUGGAGCUUAUUUAAGUGCAACUUGGACACAAAUUAUGUUACAAACUUAAUGAUCAACUUCAGAGCUUGCUUAUAAAUGUUUAAAUACAUUCAUGGAAAUUACAUAUUCAUUUUGACCUCAUAAAUAACUGUCUGUUUAAUUCCAUUGCCAUUUAGGUGUACAUCAGUUUAUCUUUUUUUACUACUGCACUUUAUGUUUGUUGAGCAAAAAUGUUCAAAAAAAAUUGUGAAUGAAAUUUGUUGCAGUUUAUGAACCAGAGCAAUGUUAUAUUCAGCACUAUCUGUGUGUUUGUUGAGCACUGUGAAUAUGAAAAUUUUAUAUUUAUCAAAGUCUACAUUGGUAAACAUUAUAUACAGCAACAGUGUUAUAUUUGCUGCAAUGCUCAAUAUGACAUUGAUGCAUGUGGUACACCGCGGUUUCUGUUUAACUCCUCGGCACAACAGUUUAUGUUUGUCGAGUAAAAAUAACAUUGUGAAAUAUAAUAUUACUUCUUGCUUUUGGUGUACUUACUGAUACUUAUUUGAAUUGUUCACACAGAAUGUGCCGGGUGGAGACAUACAACCGGAUCUCUUUAACAGACUCUUGAUAGAUAACUCAUAUCUUUUUAAAGUUGAGGUCAGGCCUGCACACUUCGAUGAAUUCGAUCCUUCCUAUAAUGUUAUUGACAUUCGUUUCGAUGAGAAAAUCAUCUCGCAAUUCAAGGAAACGAAUUCGACAUUUUUCUUGGUCCAGGUUUGAUUACAUACAGAAUGUAAUAAAAAUUUGUGGGAAACUUUUGUUACGAAUAAUAGACACGUUGAUUUUAAGAUGCUAAUAAAAUGUUGUUUUGUCAAACCAUUGGUAAUAGACCGAGGUUUGGGACUUUGAACUUGGAGGAAAUCAUCACAACAUAACUUCACUGUGGGCGAUGCAUCAUCAUGCAUUCAUGUGUAAAGAAUUUGAUUGAAGAUUUUGUAAAAUCAAAGGACAAUCAGUUUGAACGACCUGGAGAUCAUAUCACCGACUACACUGUGGACAAAAGAAUGAAAGAGGCUGAAUAUUGUGAUAGAGACGGUGAUGAAUCGAGCAAGAAAAUGAAGACCAUUAAAAUAGAGAAAAGUUGAGAAUAGAACUCCAUAGAGUGAGCUUGAGAGAAUUAAUAAUAUUCUUUAGGUUUG